AUGAAAAACAUUCGUCUAUAUGUUAUUUUGAUUGAUUUGUCUUUGAUAUUUGUAUUUUCUGGUUCAUCUUAUUUACCUGAAUGGUCAUCACUUGAUACAAGACCAUUACCUAGUUGGUAUGAUCAAUCAAAAGUGGGCAUUUUUAUACAUUGGGGUGUAUUUAGUGUUCCAUCGAUUAACUCAGAAGCUUGUACUGGAGGUAAUAUAUUGAUUAAUGUUGGUCCAACAUCAUAUGGAAAAAUUGCACCAAUAUUUGAAGAACGUCUUCGACAAAUGGGUUCAUGGUUGAAAGUAAAUGGUGAAGCUAUUUAUAGUAGUAUUCCAUGGAAAUAUCAAAAUGAUACAAUUAACAGCAAUGUUUGGUAUACAUCAUCGAAAGAUAAACAAUAUGUUUAUGCAAGUCUUCUUGUUUGGCCUAACGAUACCGCUGAAAUUACACUAGGUGCACCAGUUAGUUCAGGAAGUACACGUGUAACACUUCUUGGUUCAGAUGUUGGUCCAUUAAAAUGGCGUUCAGCUGGUGCAAGUGGUGGUAUCAUUAUUGAUGUGUCUAAUAUAAAAAUCUAUUCACUUGCCAGUGAUUGGGCAUGGGUAUUCAAAUUAGAAAAUAUAACUCCAAAACGAAUACAUAUGAAACUAGAAAAACAUAAAUUACAAUGA